ACACUUUCACCCAGGCUCAGUCUCGCGCUCACUUUCGUACAAGAUCGCUGUUAAAACGACGAUAAAACGAGAUAAUAACGAGAAAUAAUAUAUUCGCGUAUUGUGCUAAAAUCUAAUCGAAGACCGGAGAGAAAGAAAAGACAGACAGAGAGAAACUCCGGAAGAGGAAUUCGCGCCAUGGCCGGCGUCUGAGAUCGAUCCUCCAAGUGCACAUAGUGACAAGCACGCGAAUUUUCUCGUUUUUUCAAUUUUUUUUUUUUUCGAUCUACAUCGGGGGUGAUCUUGCUGCGAGGAGCCGCGAAACAGAAAAAAAUGUCAAAGUCAGGAAGCAUCAAAGAUGGCGAAAAGGGUCCCUACGAUCCGAUUCCUACCAGUGAAAAGGGCAACGACGAGAUCAAACUGGAGGCGAAAAUGUCGCUUCUUAACGGCGUUACCGUCAUCGUCGGUUCCAUCAUCGGUUCCGGUAUUUUCGUCAGUCCUACGGGCGUACUCAAGUACACCGGAAGUGUAAACGCGAGUCUUCUCGUAUGGACGGCGUCCGGAAUUUAUUCCAUGAUAGGAGCUUAUUGCUACGCCGAGCUCGGUUGCAUGAUCAGGAAGUCGGGCGCGGAUUAUGCAUACAUUAUGGAGACCUUCGGGCCUUUCCUGGCGUUCAUCAGAUUAUGGGUUGAGUGUAUGAUAGUGCGUCCUUGCAGUCAGGCCAUCGUAGCCUUGACUUUUAGCGUCUACGUCCUCAAACCACUCUUCCCGGACUGCACGCCGCCGGAUGAUCCCGUAAAAAUGCUCGCCGCCUGCUGCAUAUGCAUUCUCGCUUUUAUAAACUGCUGGGACGUCAAAUGGGCGACGAGAGUGCAAGAUAUUUUCACGUAUGCAAAACUGCUCGCGCUUUUCAUCAUAAUUUUCACAGGAGCCUAUCAGCUUUGUACGGGACACACGCAGUAUUUCACAUUCGACAACACAAACACGGAAGUCACAUCUAUAGCCCUUAGCUUUUAUUCAGGCUUGUUCGCUUACAACGGCUGGAAUUACUUGAACUUCAUCAUCGAGGAAUUAAAGGAUCCUGUUAGAAAUCUACCGAGGGCGAUUGCCAUUUCGUGCACUCUAGUUACGGUUGUCUACGUCUUCACGAACAUGGCUUUUUAUACGACGCUGAGCCCCGUCGAAGUGCUCGGUAGCGAAGCUGUGGCAGUGACAUACGCAAACAGAUUGUUCGGCGUGAUGGCAUGGACGAUACCGGUUUUCGUGGCUCUGUCCACGUUCGGUGCGGUCAAUGGUAUUUUACUCACGUCCUCACGGCUCUUUUAUGCGGGUGCCUGCGAAGGUCAGAUGCCGGAGUUACUGACGAUGAUCCAAAUUUCCAGGCUCACGCCCACACCCGCCGUACUGUGCAUGGCACUACUCUCCAUGCUAUAUCUGUGCUCUUCCGACAUCUCCGCUCUCAUCAAUUACGUGGGCUUCGCCACUUGGCUUAGCAUAGGCGUAUCGGUGCUAUGCCUUCCAUGGCUCAGAUGGAGUCAGCCAAAUUUGCAAAGGCCGAUUAAAGUGAAUCUCAUCUUUCCGUUCUUCUACAUCCUAGCCACCCUCUUUGUUACCAUAGUUCCGAUGUAUGCCAGUCCCGUGGAAACAGGAUACGGCUGUCUGAUGAUACUCUCCUCUGUACCUGUCUACUUCGCGUUCAUCGCGUGGAAGAACAAGCCGAUAUUCUUCCAGCAAGGAGUCGGCGCCGUCACCAAAACUUUGCAGAAGCUAAUGGUAGUCGUGGGGCCGCAAAAGACAAAGUAAGCGUAACAAAGAUGCUGCAAAAGAUAAUGCUGGUAGUCGGCAAAUCGAAACCCGCUCAGGUGUAAUCAGUCAAGACGUGCCGAAUCGAGAUCAAAAGGAUAAUGACGAGCUCUCUUCGAAACAGAAACUCAGGAAGAAUUCUCGACGAUCUUCGAAUCGAUAAUGAAUAUCGGUUCGACAGAUCGAUUAUAUUUUUCUCUUCAAGGGUAAAGGAACGGUGUCCUAGACAACAAGAGACAGCCAUAUUGUGUCAGGGCGCCGAAAGAGAAAUGUCAAAAACAUGAGAAGCGAAGCGGCUCGUCUAGAUUCGGAUCUCGUCGUGGACUCCCAUCAGGAUCCGCCCGCUUGAUUACAAAAUUUUGAAAUAAGGCUGUUGUCUCUCGUUCCACGGCGAAGGGAUAUACGCGAUAAUACCACAUCGCAUGCUUUUAAAUUAAAUAUUUUUGCUUGAAAAUCUGCAAUGAGAGAAAUUUUCAAGCUUUGAUAAGUUAAUUAUAAAAUCUAAAAAAUCAUAAGUUAAUUAAAAAAUCAAUAUCGUCAUUAAAUUUCCAGAUUAUAUUAACGUUAUCGAUAUGGAAUAGAUGAUUACAAUAUAACAUCGUGACAUAAAUGUUACUUUUGUAAGCAAUAGAUAACAUUCAAGUAUUUCAAUGAUUUAUUCGAAUAACGGGAGAAAAUAAUUAUAAAGGAUAAAAAUAACUAGUUGUUCAGAUACUUUUGAGAUAUCUUAUAAAAUGCUUGAUCCUCCGCGUUAACAGAUAUCGAUAUCAUAUUAAUCAUAUUGAUUAAAAUUUUUAAAAACCAUAAUUAUUUAAAAAUUACUUAUUAUUUAAAUUAAUUAUUUAAAAACUAUUUAAAAAAAAUACUUUUAAAUGAUUUUUGAAGGAAUCUAUGCACGUGUAUAAAUCAUGUUUUUUACGCAAGCCUUCUUCCUCAAAUUAGACUAAAGUGAGCAGAAGACUCAUCCUAAAUUAUACAUGCGAUUCGGUAAUGUAUACAUUAUUAAUUCAGAAAUUCGCAUUAAAGAGAGAAUGCGUGUAUACCUCAAAAUAGUUUACGCGCGAGACACAUAUCUUUCUGAGUAAAAAAAAAAAACUGAUGGCGAUCGCGAUUAUAUCUCUCUCCGUGAGAUGAACUAUGUUAGAACUAGAACGGAAAAGCGAAUUAUAAAAAAAAAUCAGAGUGCGCGCUAAAAAGUUGAGAUAACGAUCAAAACGUCACUGUAAUUAAGUAAGCGCUGUUUAAGCUGUUAGUUUUUUAGUCCCAUAGCGUUCCUCCGAUGUAUAGGCGAUGUUUGCUAUACGUGUAUCGCGAUUUUCGCGUUAUCUCAACUUCGUUAAUUUCUGGCACUCAUGCGCAAAUUGUAAUUUGAAAACUGUUCAAUCUUUGAGAAUCCAGCAUCGUCCGGCAAAUGUUUCAUAUUUACGGGAUAUCGCUUCUUAUAAUUUCAAACACAUUUGAUUCAUUUACUUUUAUAAUCAAGCUAGGGGUGCAAAUAUUCAAAAACGAUAUCGAUAUAUUCUUAUAUGCGAUAUUAAUGCUCAUAGAAAAUAUAUAUUCAGAGACAUUAGUGUUCCUUUUUAAUUAAUGGAAGUGCCGCGAACUCCAAUCUUAAGAGAAAGAAUUUUAGAACAUUAAAUUAUUGAAAAGAGACUAAUGUGAAAAAAAAAAACUGUGAUUAUAUAUAGAUGCUAACAACUAUUUUUAUUUCUGACAUAUUUUUAUCCCUUUUAUUAAAAACGUUGUAAAGAAAAUACUCUGUCCAUAUUUACAGUGUUGUUUCAGUAACAGUUUUACUAAAAAAAUUUAUUUAUUUUAUUUAACUAUUUUAUUUAUUAUUUAUUUUAUAAAAAAGGAUCGUAUUUUAUUGCAAGAAAUGUAGAAUACUUUGAUCUAUCGUUAAUAUAUCUUGCAUCCCUAAUAGAGAGAGAAAUCUGUGUGGAACUCUUCGUUUCGGCAAAUCGCACUUUUUUACACAUGCGUUCGCGUUCGUCUUUUUCGUUUAAGUUAAUUCCUAAUUUUAAUUUAACCGUAAUAAUAUGCGUUUCUGUAAAACAGAGGGAUUAAAAGUGCAUUUGUUACGCGCUGACACUCGAUUGUCAACGUCGCAUAAUAGUUUUACAUUUUACUGCCACUGGUGAUAAAAUGCGUGUGUGUUUGCGAGUAUGUGCGCGCGUAUGUGUAUAUGUGCUCAAUGCAAACGUACGUGGAUCAAUCGAGUAAAGUCGGUCGGCGCGUUCGAUACAAGGCGAAGAAAAUAAAAUGGGGAUUAGAGAAAAAAACCUUCUAUACGUUUGAUGCGUAUUAAGGAGAAAUAGCGUGCAGGCGAUUUAAUAAAUGAGGAAGUAAGCAGAUAACAAUUGGAGAAAUGAUAAUUAUUAAGAUCUAUAAGUUCAUGCAUAUUUUUGAUAUAAAUUUCAACAAUAAAUAAAAAAUUUAAAAUAUAUUUUAUAUUAUUUUCUCAUUUGCGACAAUUUACUAUCAAUCGCAUGAACUUAUAAACGUUCACCAUAUUAUGAUUAUAUUGUUUGCUGAAUCUGUAAAACCCUCAUUUAUUCUAAAAUUAAUUACGGAGGAAUCAAAAAAAAAAAAAAAAGAAAAAAGAGAGAAAGAGAAAAAAAAGUUUCGUUCUCGCCAUCAAAUGUAUAAAAAUGUAUAAAAAUGUGUUUCCGUUGACAAGAAUAGUUUGUACAUUGCUCGAUCUUUGGGCGCGUUUGUGCCUCUCAAGACGUAAUUAUACUUAAGUAGAGUCUCGAUUUUGGUAUACAAAAAAAAAAAAAAAAUAAUAGCGUUUACAAAGCGUCCUGGGAGCAAAAUUCAUUAAGUAGAAUUUCGAUUUCGAUCGUUUUGCCGCGAUUAGUCAUUUUCAUUCUUAAUAGUACUUUGUCCUUUUCGGUGAAAGAUCUCUUUUUUUUUAUUCGAUGUAGUAUUGUAUGCACUAUACUUUGCAUCCCUAGAAUUUUGUUUCUUAAAGCAGAAGGUAAUCUAAGCGCAAGAAACAGUACCGUUGCACAUAUCCGUAGUAAAAUUGUUCUAGGACCAAGCUUUUUCUACAGGGUGUUCUUGAGACAAGAUCUUGCCUAAUUGAAAAAAUCUAUCCUAAUUUCCUACAAUAGUUUUUAGUUACUGCAAUAUCGUAUUUAAGAGAGCAGCUCGGCGAUUCGUCCGCUUUAGAAAAAUUUAAACUAAUAAAAAUCGUUCCUACAAUUAUUAACGUUCCUUAAUUCUUUUGCGAUAUAGAACAAUAAUUUUUUUCGCGAAUUCAAUUUAUUUCUGCAUAAUAGUCAGUAGAAAGACGGAUCGUUGAUGUUACUCGCCACAAGUGAUAAUUAUAUAGUUCUUCGUCAUUUAGCUAUAUUUUUAUGGAACAUGUUUCGAGAAUCACAAACAUUCAUCAACGUUUCUCAGGAUGCCUGUGGGUAGAAAACAAAAUAUUUUAGGCCAAGACUGUUAAACUUUCUCAGUUAUAGCAUAUUUAAAUAAACGUCCACUGAUUAUAUUCUUGAUAUUUAAAACUUCCUGUUAGUUUUGUUGCCUUUUACUAUAACGAUAAUAAUUUAUUAUUGAAAAUCGUACUAUAGAGUGUGCACACAAAUAUUAUUAUUAACGAGAAUAUAGGAGUAAUAAUUUUGCAGUUGUUAAAAUAAAUUUUAGUAAGCUCUUAAUUAAAAUGUAAAUAAUUUGUUGUAAACUCAAUUUUGAUAAAAAUAUUAAAUAUUAACAAAUAAAUACCGACAGGCAUUCUGGCUCGUGACAAUAAGGCAUUAAUUAAAUUUAUUGAUGGUAAAAUUAAGUGAAAGGAAGAGAAAAAAAGAACGCGCACGAGAAAGAGAGAGAAAAAGAAAGAGGUGAAGAAAAAUAUUAUUAAUAUAUGAGUGCAUUUUUUAUAUUAAUUUUUAUGUUGAAGCCUGUAAUAUGAAUGUGCGUUUGGGUCGAUUUUGCGAGAUUGACCUAACGAUUAACAAUGAACUGUGUAAAGUAAAAUAUAAGUAAUCAUUUCCUCGCAUAA